AUGGCUGCUAGAGUGUUGCUACAACGGCGCGCCGCGCCGUUAGCAGCGACGGUUAUGCUGGGAGGAUUCGCCCUGGCACCCCGAACUGCCUACGCUGAAGCUCCCGAGAGCAGCCACUCCAAGAAGCCCAUCUACGACGACCUGGAGCUCCCCGCGACGAGUGGCACUCUCCCUCCUCCGAUCCCCAAGGCCGAGCAGCCUCCCCAGGCCGAAGAACCCAAGUCGCGAGGACCUACCCCUACCGACCGUCUCGCCGUCCAGAUCGGCAAGGCGCGCCUCGCCCUGUACCAGUACGCCGUAGGUGCCGAGGAUGCCGUCAACCGGACGAUGGACAAGGCCUUCAACCUCGAGCAGUCCUUCACGGGCACGAUCGCAUCCCUCGCCCCGCCCCGCGAGAGCGGCGAGAAGCUGAUGCCCGGCGCCAUUUACGUCCUAGUCGCCGCCAUGGCCGGCAGCAUCGUCACCCGCAACCGCAGCAUCAUCCUGCGCGCCACGGCGCCCCUGGCCUUUGGUAUCACUGCCGGCUGGACCGUCCUGCCCAUCACCAUGGGCAACGUCUCCAACCUCACCUGGAAGUACGAGCAGCGUUUCCCCGUUAUUGCGCAGGGUCACCUCAAGCUUCGCGAGAGCAUCGAGAACAGCUGGAGGAUGGCGAGGCUGCACAGUGAGAUUGGUGUACGAUAUGUUGAUGAGAAGGUCACGGAUGCCCGGGAAACCGUCGAGGACUGGGUGAAGAAGGGCAAAUAA